AUGAAUAUAACAUCGGAUAUUGAUUUAUCAUCAUUUUUAUUUCAUCUUUAUCAUGAUAAAAAUCUUACAUUAUCAACUAAUCAAGAAUCAAGUGAAACUGAAUUAAUUAAUAGUACAAUAACAACAAUAACAACAACAACAACAACAACAAUAAUUACAACAACAACAAAUAAAUUUCUUCGUUUAUUUAAUGGAACAAGAAUUUUUCCUUUACAACGUCGAACAGCAACAACAACAUCACCACCUUUAUUUAAAAAAUUUUUUUUUUUUAAAUCACCAUUUAAUCGUAUUAUGCGUAUUGUAGAAUUGUUUAUAUUAAGUUUAACAUUACCAUGUUAUGCUAUUGUUUUUAUACUUUUUAUUGAAUUAACUGUACAACGUAUUAGUUCAAAUACAGCUAUAUCCGGCGGUGGUUCACGUAGUCGUACUCAACGUCGUCGACAACGUAUGCGUAGUCUUAUAUGGACAUCAAAUUAUUUACUUGUUGAUUUUCUUGGUCUUUUAUAUGAACUUAUUUAUGUAAUCAUACAUUUAACAGGUGAUUUAGCACUUAGUUCAUUAGCUGGUCGUUUUUAUUGUCAACUACAAGUUUAUCUUCCAUUGUAUUUAACUGUUCUUAUGGCUUAUAGUUUAACAACUAUAUCUAUAUAUCGUCGUCGUCAUUUUGUUAAUUUACAUAAUGAAGCAGCACGAUCAACAAAACGAAGUAUGUUAUUAAUUAUUGCACUUUGGAUUAUGCCAAUAAUUACAUCAAUUAUACCAGCAUAUUUAUUAAUUUCUUUAAAAAUUUUACAAAUAACACAACAUGAAGCAACAAAUGAAUGUCAAAUAUCUUAUACAUAUGGAUCAACUGUUGUUGCAAUUUAUAUGUGUUAUAGACUUGGUAUGAAACAAGAGAAAAGGAUUUUCUAA